AUGAAGGUUGCUAUCGCAGGUCCAGGUGACCUUUCCAAGUACCAAGUUGAGGAACUCCAGAAGAAAUCCGUCGAGGUGGUCGUUUUGGCCAGAAGCCGCAAGGAAUGGUACGAGAACAAGGAGGGUGUUGACUUCAGAUUGGUUGACUUUACCUCGCUUGAUUCUCUUGUCGAAGCCCUGAAGGACUGUGACGGUUUGGUGUCCACCAUUCUCGAUUAUUCCGAGACUAAUGUUACCAUUCACAACCUUUUGAUCGAUGCCAUGCUCAAGACUCCAAAGUGCAGAAAGUUCAUUCCAUCCGAGUACGGCAGUGAUCUUUUGAAUUACCCUGAUCAGCCAUCGUUCUAUUACUUCUGCCACAACCCUAUCAGAGAGAAGCUGAGAGCUCUCCCAAAGGGUGAAGAUCAGUUGCAAUAUACUUUGCUGUCCACUGGUUACUUGGCGGAUUACUUCAACCCUUCAAGCAACAGAUACAUCAAAGAUUUCGAUAUGUUUCCAUUGAACCUGAAGGAGAAGACUUUGACCAUUCCAGGCACUGGUGAUGAGUUGGUUUCAUUCACCUCAACCAGAGAUAUUGCCAAGGCUAUUACCAACCUUUUCUUAAGUAAUGAGCCAUGGGAGGACAUCACCUUCAUUGCUGGCGAGACCAACUCCUGGAACAAGAUUCUGCCUGCCUACCUGAGUGACUUGGACUUGACCGUCACCAAGGUUUCCCUCACUGAUAUUGUCAAGGAAAUUGUUGAGGGUAACGCUGAAAAGGACCAAGACAAGAUUUACUCCGGUGAAUUCAAGUUGUGGGUUGCUUCUCAUGCUUUGGGUCUUCCAGCUGACUUGGUUGCUAAGCAGAAGGCCAAGUUCUUCAGUGACAUCCACUUCCAUACCAUUGCUGAGGUUAGAAAGGCCGCUGAAGCCGGUCCUGAAUUUAUUGUCUAA